GCAAGGAGGGAGAGACAGGGCAGAGGGAUUGCCACGGGGAAGGGAGGAGGAGAGCAGCACUGGGUAAGGGAGGGGAGGAUGAGCUGCUGGCUCCAUUUAUAAAGGUCAGGGCGAGGUAGCUCCGCUGUAGUCGAUGCUCCAAAACUCCUGCAACAUGAAGGUGAUCUUGAUGCUGACUCUCCUGGGCCUGGCCUCUGCCUACGUUGUGCAGCUUCCAGCCCAAGCUCCCCUGCCCUUAACCUACCAUUCCCCGUGGAGCGUCGUGCCGUACGUAUACCCUGUGGUGCAGCCCGGCUAUGUAGCCAAGACACCCGGUGCUGAACAUUACGCGCCGCUCCCCGAGGGCCUCGCCUACGCCUCCCACCAUAUCAACAUAAGGCCCGCGGCCGGCACUGAAUAGCGCACCUGACUGAACCUCAGGGCUCAGGCUGGAGACGAACAUGAUGACGGACACUGCUACAUCCCAGACUUUACAGUCAUUGUUACUUUUUCUUUGAAGGAAACCAAUUGACUGCUAUGCAACGGUGGAUGGAUAUCAAAAUUAAUCGCACCACACAGCGCCGCCCCUUCUCAGCACACAUCGGGGAACAACACUAUUAUAACUCAGCACAGCACGGAGUUAUGCUGCUCGAUGACCCAGACCACCUUUCGAUAUCAUCUUGUGGCGAAAUGAUGGUUGUGAAUUAUUCUUGUUUAAUAAAUACAUCAUUUUG